CUCUGCAAAACGCAAUCACACCAACAUAUCCAUAACCAACAUGAUGAAGUUGGCUUCAAGUUCAGUCCUUGGCCUUGCAUGGCUUCUCACAAUGAUGGCCACGUCAGCCCUGUCCCAAUCCGACACCACCGCCUCCGUGCUAGACACAAAUCGCCGUCCUCUUCAACGCGGCCGUGAGUACUACAUCAAGCCCGCCAUCACCGACUCCGGCGGCCGAUUCACUCUCAUCAACCGCAACAACUCCUGCCCUCUCUACGUCGGCCAGCUAAACACCGACGUCGGCAAAGGCCUCCCGGUGACCUUCACGCCCUACGCCGGAGAAGACAAUGUCGUGAAGGUGAACAGGGACUUCAAGGUGGCGUUUGCCGCCGCCACGAUAUGCAUUCAAUCAAAGCAAUGGAAGGUCGGCGAGAGGGACGCAAAAAGUGGAAGAAGACUUAUCGUUACCGGUAGUAGCAACGGUGGUCGUGAUUAUAGUAACUAUUUUAGGAUUGUGGAGACACAGUUCGGAGGAAUCUAUAAUAUUCAAUGGUGUCCUACAGAGGUUUGUCCUACUUGUAGGUUUGCUUGCGGGACUGUUGGUGGAUUACGUGAGAAUGGCAAGAUUCUGGAGGCUUUGGAUGGGAAUGUUCUUCCCGUUGUGUUCGUGAGGGCAUAAUAAUCAUUAACUAUAAUUAUAGUUUUGUGAACAAGUUGUGUAAUAUUUGGGUUAAAUAUUGUAAUUAGUAGAAGAUCGGGGGCUAUUAAUUCAUCCUUAUAAAAUAAUAAGAGGAUGAACAUGUGUGUGUGUUUAUUGUUACGUUGCAUCUAAUUAUAAUAAAGCUCCAAAUUGUAUUUUAUGAUCAAUAAAACUUAUUUAAAAUUUUAGUCU